AUGGCGCCAGUCAAGGCCCACGACGACCCGGUCAUAGCCGAGUACGACGUCUUCCUCACGCCGCCUCUGCAAGAGCAAAUCUACCUCCUGCAGUACCCCAACCGCCCUCGCAAUCGACCGUACAACAACCAGUAUGGCGCCACGCCCCACGACAUGCGCAUCAAGCCCAACUCGGGCUUCCUCGAAGUGGACGUCGGACUCAACACAAAGCACAACUUCAACAAAUACCUGGGCCUGAAGUGGGGAGAUGCCACCAGGACUUCGCAUGAACUUCACAACGCAAGCGGGACAUAUGGCCUGGCUUCAGGUCUGAUUCACGGCAAACCUCGCUCCAUGGCCAGGAACGUCAAUCUCAGAGGUAUGGGCGAUCGCGAGUUGGACCUCGAGAACGACUUGCGGACAUUCAGCGAGGCAGAGCAGGACAACAAGGUCCAUGCAAAGCAGACAUUGGGUGGACAAAUCAUUCGACACGACGCAGAGACCGAGCUCGGCAAGCCCAUCUACUUUGUAGGUGCGUUCGAAGGCGAUCAGUUACACCUCACCAAAGUCACCGGCACCGUUCAAAUGCGCCCUCACUUCCACCACCUCGACGCAGAAGAGGAGCGCAAUCGCAUUUCGGCUGCUCGAGCACAAGCAGAAGCCAAUGGUCCUGUGCAUGAGCCUAUGGCGCGUGGCUUGACUCGAGACAAGAUGUCUGCCGCUGAGAAGAAUACCGUCGAGUACAAGCUGAGGAUGGGGCUGCAGUCAGCUCAGAUUGAGCCUUGGAUUAAGAUGGAGUACGUCGACGAUGAAGACGAUCUCGCAUACGAGACGUUCAACCGCACGCUGAAGGUUGAGGAUGUGAGCAAGGUGCCGCAUUUGAAGAGCGACAUGGACAACGACGCAUUCCUCGAUGCUAUCAGCGCCCCGAGACAUGACAGCCCAACUCGUAGGAGGAAGCGAGCACCACGACGCAACAAAGAGACCGUCGAGAUUGAGGACGAUGAGGAAGAAGCACAGGCUGGUGCAGAGGCUGGGGAGUGA